AAUAACACCGCCGCAGAGUGACAGCAGAGCAGGGCUGUGGAAGGAGGUUGCGGUGGAGUUCAGCGUAAAAAUAUAUGUAUAUUUAAAAUAUUUCUGUGGAUAUAUUUAGGUUUGUUUGCGUUGCCUGAAGCCUUCCUGCGAUAUUCGGCGUGGAAUGGUCGGGUCCCUCAAGGCGAGGAGGAAUUUUCAGCCACUCUAGCCGGAGACGAGAAGUUUUGUCCGUUAAUUCUGGGCCGGGCGCGAGGGAUUGCUGAGCUGUCUGGUGAAGUGACCCUGCCAUGCGUGAAUACAAGCUUGUGGUGUUGGGCUCCGGAGGUGUGGGCAAGUCCGCACUGACAGUACAGUUUGUCCAGGGAAUCUUUGUGGAGAAAUAUGACCCCACAAUAGAAGACUCCUACAGAAAGCAAGUAGAAGUGGACGGGCAGCAGUGCAUGUUGGAGAUCCUGGAUACAGCAGGCACAGAGCAGUUCACAGCAAUGAGGGAUCUGUACAUGAAGAAUGGUCAGGGAUUUGCUCUCGUAUACUCCAUCACAGCACAGUCCACCUUCAAUGACCUGCAGGAUCUACGAGAGCAGAUCCUACGAGUAAAGGACACUGAAGAUGUGCCGAUGAUCCUGGUUGGUAAUAAGUGUGAUCUGGAGGAUGAGCGAGUGGUGGGGAAGGAGCAGGGUCAGAAUCUGGCCCGCCAGUGGAACAGCUGUGCCUUUUUAGAGUCUUCCGCCAAAUCAAAGAUCAAUGUCCUUGACAUCUUUUAUGACUUGGUCAGACAGAUAAAUAGAAAAACACCUGUGGAAAAGAAGAAAGCGAAAAAGAAAUCCAACUGUGCGCUUCUGUAGAGUCCCCUCCCUACAGCAGCUCUGAGCUCGGAGAACGCUGUAAUGAAGAACUCCUGCCCCAUUUGGAAUGUGCCAGCAUUGCCAUCCUCAGUGAGUGGAGCUAUGGACCAGCUGACUGACGAACCUGAAGAAGAACAGGAUACACAAAGAGGGAACACGAGGAGUCAUUUCCGUUUGAUUCCAGAAAAUCUGAGGAGAAACUUUCAUUUAGCACAGUUUGAGUAGAACUCAUUUUCAGUAUUCCUCAGGAACACUCGAGCAAAAUAUCUUCCAUAAAUCCGACCGGAAAAUCGCAUCAUUUCAUUUCAAGAACCAACACCGUUUCAGCAACGGGAAACAAUAAAAUUACCCACAAACACCAUCGGACAGUUACAACAAUACAAGAGAUACAUAUGAAGACAAUGUUUGAAUCCUGCAUACAGCAUCAGGGCAAGUAGGAAGAAGGAGAUACAGGACUGUGACAUAAGCCCGUAAUUUGGUACCAUGACAUUUCAGUAGUGAACUGAAUUUCACUGAAGAUUAAAAGCUUUUCUCACACUUCCAACUGAACCCAUCAUGUUGCCAUGGCUUCGUACCCUCUUCAGGACGGGUGGAUAAAAGAGAAGAAAUCAAAGAAGUUUUACCAGUGUUUCUUAUUUCCAGUGUGGCUUGUUUGAGGAAAUGGAAAUUGACUUAAUUUGUAUUAUUAUAGACACCCUAAAGGCAAACAGCAUGACCACAUCUUUUGAUUUAAACGUAGAUGUUGUUAACGAAAGCAAGUGAAAGUGUUGCCUCUCAGAGUUUCCAUUCUUGACAUCCACUGUGUAAAUGUUUAUAGACUGAGCUGACAUUAGCUGUAUAUAAACACUGUUCUCCCGUUUACAUCCAUGGACAUUUUCAACCGGAUCUUGACCCCUAACCUGUGACUAUUUUGUAUUUAGUCACUUGGCUUUCGUAGCUCCAUAGCAUAUUCUAAUAC